GUGGCCAAGGUAGAGGGUUUCUUUCGCGGGGCAAAAUUUGGGGAAGGAUGCGACUCCAAGUGCGCAGAACCAAAGGAACCACCACCGUCAAAUUCUUACACAAUAAAAUCCAAGAAACAAGUAGCACCACCACCAAAGAUAAUGGAUGAAUAGAUCAUUUCAUUAUCUUUAUUUGCAUAAUGCAGACUAUUGCAUUCCGUGGUCACAUUUCUCAGCGAAUCUCGUCACGUCCUCGGGGGUAGAAGAAGGAAGGACGGAAGGAGGAGGAGGAGGAACGCGGCGCUGGUGGUUUGGUUUUGGUUUUGGUCGUAGGAACAAGUAGGACAGACGACAAAUCAUGUCGUCUACAUCGAGUCAGGUUAUGUCCAGAUUCUGCGACUAUUUUGUAGUCUGUGGGCUGGACGAUGGAGCUGGACUGGAGGUUCAAGCAACGGUCGAUGUCGACGGGACACGAGAAUUACCCACCUGUGCUCCACUGGAACGGUCGUACAAACCUAAAAUACUGGCACAUUACCCGGAAUCUGUCCCGUGGAAUCCAUUUGAUCCCGACGCUGUACGGAACCUCUGCCUCCCAGACGGUCUCCUCUUUCGAACACAGAAGCAAAACUUGACCACGGCCUUUCAUCCUUUCGUCAUCACGAAAGAAGACGGGUCACGGACACACGGGUUUUCUCUCGUCUUCUUUGAACCACUCCGAUCGAGCCAUGUCACACAAGCAAUACUCACACUGCAGGCCAUGCAUCUCACAGAAUUAUCCUCAGCCAAAAACUAUCACCGCCAACGGUCCGCUCAAAGUCGCAAAAUGCGAUCUGCCAAAGGUCGCCUAGCCCCUCACCUCCUUCCCGACCAUCAACGUGGAGGCGGAGCUGAUACAGAUCCUUCCUGCGACGAGCCAAAUACUCGCUCCCUGCCACGCCACUUUAAACUCGCUGCUCAUAAACAACCCGGAUCACUCCUCUCCCAAAGUUUCUACGACGCCUCGAAAGAUACGCUCUAUGUCAGCAAGGCAAUCGCCCUAAUCUGUCCCCUUCCCUUCGUCCAAGCCCCACACACCUUCCUCCUCGCGCUCCAUCGCCGUGCCAUAUUGUCCGCGACAAGUUCCGCGUCGGAUCCUUCGUUGGAGGCGGCCAUUUACCAUUUUCUUUACCACGUCCCCCUGCCCCCACCGGGACGCUCGCUCCGUCUCGAAACUCUGUGGGGUGAGAGUUUGACCUGCCUCAACCCCAGCGCGGUUAACCGACUCCCCCUUUGUGACUAUUUUAUGGGUGAUUUGUUCCGUCUCUUGGAUUUGGACUCGUUCCUCCAACUUUUUACGUGUGUUCUCUUGGAAAAUCAGGUGCUUCUUUAUUCCAGAGAUCUAUAUCGCUUGAUGUUGGUGGCGGAGACGGUGACGGCGCUGUUAUUUCCAUUCGCGUGGCAGCACGUCUAUGUCCCCAUCUUGCCCUCCACACUGCAUCACUUUCUCGACGCUCCGGUCCCGUUCAUCAUGGGGCUUCAUGCAUCCGACUCCUCGACACCACAACAGCUUCCCUCUUGCGAGGCCAACCUUUGCUUCGUGGACAUUGACCGGAACAAAGUGGGCGUACCGGAAGACCUCCCCGCUUUUCCGCACAGGCACGAGCUUGUCUUGGAGUUGGCACAAGUGUUGCGACAGCAUGGCAUCCCGUUGGGCAAUUUAAACAAAUCCAACUCUGUCUCUAACAUGCCCACCCCAACAGCAGCAGCAGGAUCACCAUUCCACACAAGGAGGGCUAGACCAAGGAAAAACUCCUGGUCUCAUGACUCUGAUUCAGGGAUGUCGUCCAAUGAAGAGUCUUGCAUCAGCGGGGGCUCUACACUCAAUCUGUCGAUGAGUGCCUCGUACCACCCCGCAUACACCUUGAGACCACCGAAAUACCCGAAUAGAAGAGAGUCUCCUUCUCAGAUAGAAAUUGUGACUCCUUCUCCACUUUUGCCGGUGGGAGGAGGGACGCCUUGGGUUGGUGGGGUUGUCGGCGGGGCAGGAGAAGAGGGCGGAUUAGAUGCAGUUUACCUCAAGAAUCUCAAAAUUAAUUCGGCCAUACGGGAAAUAUUUGCCAAUCGUUUCGUUCACAUGUUUGCCUCUUAUGAUCACUUUCUCAGUCAACCUAAUGAGGACUCUGGUCGUCAUUUUGUCCACAAUUUCGACAAGGCUACCUUCCUUUCCGACCAACCCGACCAAAACCUUCCCUUUCUCUCUAGUUUCAUCGAGACACAAAUGUUUGCAUCGCUCAUUGACAGGAAGAUUGCUGCUCUGGGAGGUGAUUCUGAUCUAGAGGCAAACCUUGUCGUGUUUGAGGGGAGGAUUAAAGUGCUGAGAGACCAAUUUGGGGAGAGUUUGGUGCGAACCCCGUCUUACGAGCCAUGUGUGUCUAUCAAAGAGUCCGUGAAGGAGUUGGGGGUGCAAUUUCAAAGGCCGGAUUUUAUUGCACCACCGAUUCGGGAGAUCUUACCGGAUACGAUGGCAGUUUAUGGGGAUUCAUUUCCCGUGUUGAACGGACGCUAUCUAAACUGUGGUCCGAAGGAUACGAGGAAUCUGAAAUUGCUCCGGCGAGAGAUGAGCAUCGCCACCAACACGACGAACAAUGUUACCAGCACCGAAAGCGCUUCUGAUCCUUCGAACCCCUCCCUCCGCAGCGUAUUUCAACCGAAACAAAGCACCUCCAGCCCGUCUUCGGUGGCUCAAGCGAACUGGGAGUUUGUCAAGCAGUUGCUCCAGACCCCGCAUGUGAUCUCGUCCAACUUCCACACCCGUCUGGGCCAGGAAUUGCUCAAGGAGUGUAAAACGAAGACGAAGCGGAUGCUCGUGGAGAAGAUGGGAUCGGAGGCGGUGGCGCUGGGUCAUGGCGAAGUGACGCUGCUGGGCGUAGAAGAGAAUACCUUGGUCGCAUCGUUGUGUGACCUACUCGAGAGAAUGUGGGCUCACGGGUUGCACGUUAAGGGAAAGGGCCGCUCACCGUUAUGGAACUACCUCACCAAUUUUCACGAGUCUGAAGCCUGCAAAGACUCUAGCAAGCCAAUCGACCCGCAACUACUUACUCCAGCUCUGGCGUGGUGUAUACUACGGAAACGGCUGGACAACCUCUCUGCAAUGGCGUCGGAACUGAACCUCAACGCGACGAGUACUCCAACUACACCGCCAGCGACUACUACGACUACGCCCACAUCGCCACAGCGGAGGAGACCAAUGGUGCGAGGAGGAGGUGGAUCGACGGUAGGCCAGCUUCCUGUACUCCACCCACUACCUGUUUCCAUUGCCUUUGACAUGCAGAAUGUUCAGAGCAUUUCGGAAAUCAAGACGGAAAUCGGGUACGCUAGAGCUUGGGUACGUCUAUCAUUGGAGAAGAAGGUACUGUCGAAGCAUUUGCGGGGGUUGCUGGCGGACGAUGAGCUCCUCCGUGGCUUUUACAAGAGGACGGCCUUUCUCCGCAGUGAGGAUGAGAGGGAACAGUUCCUCUACCACCUCCUCACGCUGAAUGCGGCUGAUUACUAUUGCUUUACAAAUAGUUACCUCAACAUUGUGCUGCCCUACCGUGUGCUCAUCUUCCCCUUAAAACGAUUCAACAUCUCGUCCACCUCUGCCAACGUGUGGAUCUCGGUGUCGGGCACAUUGGGGGAAACGCCAAAUCUACAACUACCCAAGAACAGCUUGGAGUUUGUGUUUCAGGCCAAAAACCUUGGGCUCUUGACUAACAUGCAUAUCGGUCAUGAUAACAGCGGUGUCUCACCCAAGUGGUUAGUGGAGUAUGUUCUAAUCCGGAACGAGGUGACGGGCCAUCUCGUCAAAUUUCCCUGUGGGCGCUGGUUAGGACGCGAGGUUGAUGACGGAUCCACAGAGCGGCUUUUAGUUGGGGAACAAUUCUACGAAAGUGGUGGUGGCGGCGGUGGGGUUGGAGGAAGUGGAAAUGGUGAUGAACUUGUCGCACAAACCCCACCCCCGAGAGCGAGGAGCCCCAGUGUGCCCAGGAGGGAUGACAAUCUCAGAAAUCCAGUCGAAAUACAGGAGUGUUUAGGAAACGCGGUUAAUUCCAUUGUGAAAUACUUUUUCAAAACGGAUCGCGAACGUGGCCGUAACUUGACGGUGCUGCUGUGCGGGGAGGCAGGCUUGGUGGCAGCGCUGGAGCAAGUCUUCUCUUUCGGGUUCAAAUCGAAUCGCCUGUUUGGGCGGAAUAUACAUUUGUGGGACUAUUUUGUCCAAGUUGGUGAAGUGUUUGCCGGUCGUCUCCAAGAAGAAGAGGACGAGGAGGACGACAACACGGCUGAAAUGUCUUGUUACUGCACUCUCGUCAGGAAAAUAAAUGCUCACGCGAACACGCUCGGAAAACAUGGGCGGUUCCAACUGCUCAUUUGUCUAUGUGCCAGGGAACAUCUCCUUCCCCGUCUCCCCCCACUCUUGUCUCGUCUCCAGAUAACUCGCUCCAUGUAUGAGGACGUCUCCUUCCUCCGAGCACCAGAACUUUUGGGUGACUUAAUUCAAGUCCUCCUCGCCCUUGACGACUAUGACAUCGUGUUGGAGCAGUCACUCUCAAAGGGGAUCGAGUAACAAAUAGUUAGAGUUUAAUGCAAAAUUUUAGAAGGUGACCAUCAUACAUACAAAAUCUGUGAUAUAGCGCAACUCUGCAUGCCAUACUAUUGUUAUAUGCAUACAAACAUACCUGUAGUAAAGUAUGUAGCAUAAUAGCCAACCAAUAAUCAAGUCUAAAUACUUACACACAUUACAUGGUACUCCCAAUACCACUUUAAUACUAUUGUGUACGUCUAUUCAAUCGGAAAAAAAUAUCGAGUCGAGUCAAUAACAAGUCAUAAAUUAUAGAUAUUAUUAGUCUUAAAAAGUAGGACGUUCAGAAAAUCAGAAUCUAAAAUAAGUUGAAAGAGGAUACAUUUGUCGAAACCUUACGUAUUUAUUGCAUACGUGUAUUAAAAUUUGGACAGAAAUGA